CCCUAAGAGUAGCGUGGGGGCGGGGAGGAGAGGCGGCGGCGGCGGCGUAGGAGCUACGCCACACGGGGCCGGGGAGCUGGGAGCUGGAUUGCAGAGCGGGGUCGUGGCGGCGGCGGUGAGAAGAGGGAGGCGGAGGAGGGGGUGCCAUGGCGGGGCAGCAGUUCCAGUACGAUGACAGCGGGAACACCUUCUUCUACUUCCUCACCUCCUUCGUGGGGCUCAUCGUGAUUCCGGCCACAUACUACCUCUGGCCCCGAGAUCAGAAUGCCGAGCAAAAUCGAUUAAAGAAUAUCAGAAAAGUAUAUGGAAGAUGUAUGUGGUACCGUUUACGGUUAUUAAAGCCCCAGCCAAAUAUUAUUCCUACAGUAAAGAAAAUAGUUCUUCUUGCAGGAUGGGCGUUGUUCUUAUUCCUUGCAUACAAAGUUUCCAAAACAGACCGAGAAUAUCAAGAAUACAAUCCUUAUGAAGUAUUAAAUUUAGAUCCCGGGGCAACUGUAGCAGAGAUUAAGAAACAGUAUCGUUUGCUGUCUCUUAAAUAUCAUCCAGAUAAAGGAGGUGAUGAAGUUAUGUUCAUGAGAAUAGCAAAAGCUUAUGCAGCUUUAACUGAUGAAGAAUCCCGGAAAAAUUGGGAAGAAUUUGGAAAUCCAGAUGGGCCUCAAGCCACAAGCUUUGGAAUUGCCCUCCCAGCUUGGAUCGUUGACCAGAAAAAUUCAAUAUUGGUUUUACUUGUAUAUGGCUUGGCAUUCAUGGUUAUCCUUCCAGUUGUUGUGGGCUCUUGGUGGUAUCGCUCAAUACGCUAUAGCGGAGACCAGAUUCUAAUACGCACAACGCAGAUUUAUACCUACUUUGUUUAUAAAACUCGAAAUAUGGAUAUGAAACGUCUUAUCAUGGUUUUGGCUGGAGCCUCUGAAUUUGAUCCUCAGUAUAAUAAAGAUGCCACAAGCAGACCAACAGAUAAUAUUUUAAUACCUCAGCUCAUCAGAGAAAUUGGCAGCAUUAAUUUAAAGAAGAAUGAGCCUCCACUUACCUGUCCUUAUAGCCUGAAGGCCAGAGUUCUUUUACUGUCUCAUCUUGCUAGAAUGAAAAUUCCUGAGACUCUUGAAGAAGAUCAGCAAUUCAUGCUGAAAAAAUGCCCUGCCCUACUUCAAGAAAUGGUCAAUGUAAUCUGCCAGCUAAUAAUAAUGGCCAGGAGCCGUGAAGAAAGGGAGUUUCGUGCUCCAACUUUGGCAUCCCUUGAAAACUGCAUGAAGCUUUCCCAGAUGGCUGUGCAAGGCCUUCAGCAGUUUAAGUCUCCCCUUCUGCAGCUCCCUCACAUUGAAGAAGACAAUCUUAGAAGAGUUUCUAAUCAUAAAAAGUUCAAAAUUAAAACUAUCCAGGAUUUGGUGAGUUUAAAAGAAUCAGAUCGUCACAAUCUGUUGCAUUUCCUUGAAGAUGAAAAAUAUGAAGAGGUUAUGGCUGUCCUUGGAAGUUUCCCAUAUGUGACUAUGGACAUAAAGUCACAGGUAUUGGAUGAUGAAGAUAGCAACAACAUCACAGUAGGAUCCUUAGUUACAGUUUUGGUUAAAUUGACAAGGCAAACAAUGGCAGAAGUAUUUGAAAAGGAGCAGUCCAUCUGUGCUGCAGAGGAACAGCCAGCAGAAGAUGGGCAGGGUGAUACUAACAAGAACAAGACAAAAGGAGGAUGGCAACAGAAGAGUAAAGGACCCAAGAAAACUGCUAAAUCAAAAAAAAAGAAACCUUUAAAAAAAAAGCCUACACCUGUGCCCUUAUCUCAGCCAAAGCAACAGAAACAAAAACAGGCUAAUGGAGUCGUUGGGAGUGAAGCUGCAGUAAAGGAAGAUGAAGAAGAAGUUUCUGACAAAGGCAGUGACUCUGAGGAAGAAGAAACCAAUAGAGACUCUCAGAGUGAAAAAGAUGAUGGUAGUGACAGAGACUCGGAUAGAGAGCAAGAUGAAAAACAAAACAAGGAUGAUGAAGCAGAGUGGCAAGAAUUACAACAAAGUAUUCAGCGAAAGGAGAGAGCACUACUGGAAACCAAAUCAAAGAUAACACAUCCUGUCUAUAGUCUUUACUUUCCUGAGGAAAAGCAAGAAUGGUGGUGGCUUUAUAUCGCAGAUAGGAAGGAACAGACAUUAAUAUCUAUGCCAUAUCAUGUGUGUACACUAAAAGAUACGGAAGAGGUAGAACUGAAGUUUCCUGCACCAGGCAAGCCUGGAAAUUAUCAAUAUACAGUGUUCCUGAGAUCAGACUCCUAUAUGGGUUUGGAUCAGAUUAAACCACUGAAGUUGGAAGUUCAUGAGGCUAAGCCUGUGCCAGAAAAUCACCCACAGUGGGAUACAGCAAUAGAGGGGGAUGAAGACCAGGAGGACAGCGAGGGCUUUGAAGACAGCUUUGAGGAAGAGGAAGAAGAGGAGGAAGAUGAUGACUAAGCAGGGACCACAAUAUUUGCACAUAUUUGCAAAUUUUUCCUGUUUCGGAAGUGUAUAAUAAACCAAAAGCAAUGCAGAACUGAUGUUGAGGGAAGUGUUCCUAGAAAUGGGUGUGUUGCUGAGGCAGUGGUGGUGCCUUGGUACCAUCUGAAAGAUGCUUAAGGUUUGUGAAAGCCUUUCAGGUAUGGGAUGGUGCAUUUAUUUCAUCUGCAAAUGAUAAUAAACCCUGUGUUAUAACUGUCCAGAAGUGUGGGCUAUGUAUUAUCUCAUCAUCUGUGGUCCCAGUAAAAGUAAAGGUACAUGAAAAACAAUCUAUAAAUGAGUGACCUUUCUUUGUUUAGCUUUAGUUUUAACAUUAAAGUAUGUGUGAUAAACACCACAAAUGUUUUAAGUAACAUCUGCUCAAGUUUUAAUGUCUUAAUAAGCUCUGUUAUUCAUUUACUGACAUGUUGCAGUGAUAUAAGACUAUAACAGCUCCAUUCAUAGCUUUAAACAUUUUAUUUUUGCCUAUCUUGGUCAUAAGUUGGCAUUCUGCCACAUUCCACAUAAUCUAGAGGGCUACAUUUUGGGAUUUUCCUUUUCUUAAUUGCCCAGAGUUACCAGAAAGAUUAUAAAAAUGGCUUUUAAUGGCUUAAAACAUUUUUAAGCCUCUAUUUUAGCAGAUCAAUGCAAGAUCUAAUUCUUUUUAUAAGCUAUAGAUCUAAAAAUGAUUGUGGGACCAUACGUUCUCUGAUGUUGGUGAUUGUGUUACUAAACCUUUUUAAAAAGGUCACUAUAAAAGCUGAAAGACAUUCUUAGCUUUUAAUCUACCUGACUCUGUCAGAAGCCUUUUAAGGUAAAAUAUAACAUGCAAAGGAGGCAUUUUUUUGUAUUCAUUUUGGACUCCUGUCAAUAAAAUAGAAGUUUGACUCAU